AUGGCGGCCGAAAUGGCUUAUGAAAUUGUCGAAAGCGAGCUGCUGAUUCCAUUGGUGAAAGAGUUCUUUGAAUGGGAUGUAUGCCUUGAAAUCUUCUUCGAAAACAGUAUACAAGCAAGAAAUAAUGCAAUUGAUAAUUAUGAAUGGGAUCAAGAAAACCCAUAG